AUGUUCCACCUCUUCUCCCACUGCUGCUCGUGGCUGCAGGCCAUGCAGGAGCCUGUCAGGAAGGUGACCCUCCUUGUCAUGGGGCUGGACAAUGCGGGGAAAACCUCCGUCAUCGCGGACAUGGAGAGAGCGCUGCCCGGGGAGGCGCUGCCCGGGGCGCAGCCCGGCCAGAGCCGCCUGCGGCUGGACAGGUUCGAGGUGACGCUGCGGGACCUGCCCGGGGCUCAGCGCUCCCGCAGCGCCUGGCGCAGCCACUACAGCGAGGCGCACGGGCUGCUCUUCGUGCUGGACUCCGCUGACCUGGCGCGGAUGGAGGAGGCCCGCAAGGUGCUGGGCCGCGUCCUGAGCCACCCCGACGCGUCCGGGAAGCCGCUCUUGCUGCUGGCCAACAAGCAGGACGCGCCGGCCGCGCUGCUGCCCUGCGAGCUGAUCGAGCGCCUGUGCCUGGAGCGCCUGGUCAACGAGCACCGCUCUCCGUGCCGCAUCGUGAGUGCGGGGCUGGCCCGCUCCCGUUCCCGGUCCCUGCUCCCGCUGCCCCCUCCGGGCGCUCCCGUUCCCCCUGCCCGAUCCCGCUCCCGCUCCCCGUUCCCGUACCCGCGCUCCCCGCGCCGAUCCCCGCUCUCCCGUUCCCCGCAGGAGCCGUGUGUCGCCAAGCGGGUCCCGCCCGCCGGCCCGGCCCGCACCACGCUGCAGGGGCUGCGCUGGCUGCUCCGCGCCGCCGCCGCCGCCCCGGGCCCGCCGGACGCCGCCCCGGUGCCUCCCGCCGCCCCUCGGGCCGCCCGCGGCCGCCCGCCCGCCCGCAGGGACCGGCCGCUGCCCGGGGAGGAGAACGGGGAGCCCCGCGCCGUGCGCCCCGGCUGCCGCCUCCUGCCCCUGGUGAGUGAGGGAGCGAUGGGACCGGGAUGCACGGGGGCGAGAGGGGCUCUGCCGCCUCCCCUCAUCCCCCUUCCCUGCCAGGAGGAGAGCGCCAAGGGCCCCAGGAGGAGGAAGAGGAAGGUGAAGAAGAAGGGCUUGGGGCAGGCAGGCCCAGCCGAGGAGCCGGAGGGGCCGGGAGCAGGGGCUGCCGGGGGGCUGCUGCUCCCCAACAGGGUCGGGCAGGAGGAGCCCUCAGCUGUCGGGACGGGCACCCCGCACCCAGCACAGAGUAUGAAAAAGAAAAAAAAGAAGAAAAUCAAGAAUAAAAUCAAGUCUCGGGAACCUUCUCUGGAGCAGCAGCGUGAGGAGGUCUCAAGCACCUUUGACUUGUACCGCCGGGCCAUGCUGGCCCUGAAGAUGAGGCAGCAGCAGAGGAAGCAGCCGUCGGCCAUCGCUCCCUGAGCAGGGAGGCACCGAGCGCGGGCUGUGGUCCCGAGGAGCCGGGCUGCAGGGCAGGGCAGAGCUGGGAAAGGGGUCCUGGGGCACAAACUGCAUCUUUGUCCCCUGCGCGGCUGAAAACCAGGGAUCCGCAGGGCCAACCAAAAGUCCCUUUGUAAAACGCCUCUGGCAGCAGCCCCGAGUGAAAAGGGAACAGCCGGCCCCUUGCUGCCCCCUGUUAGCAUUCCCUGGAAGACUCCGACGAAACACGGAUCGGUCUGUGUGGAGAGGGAGAUCCGAGCAAACACCAGGGGGAAAGCUCGUCCCUUUUAUUGCCCUGCGCCGGGGAAAGCUGUGCUCGCAGGUCAGGGCUGACCCGGGCCGGCACUCCCUGCCUGCUGCCCGGAACGGUCCCGUUCCCUGCUGGUGACCCAGGGAGGGCAGCCCUGGGCAGUCUGCAGAGGAGCUCCACAUCUGGCAGGGCUCGGGACCCGCUUCCCACGCUGCAGGAAGGUGGUGCCCGUGUUUGUGCACCCUGCUGCCGGUCAGUGAACAUUUACAUUCAAAGGCAGCUGGUGGCAGAGGCUCCAUACCCAGGAGUGACCCUGCCACCCUUCCAGGAGGGACACUGUCGCUGGCAGCCUGGUCCUCUGCUGCUGCAGGUGACACGGGACAGCAGCAGCACCCCUGUCUGAGCCCAGCCUGUGACACUGUGACACCCCCUGUUUGCCAGAGCAGCAGCAGCACGCCUGUCUGAGCACAGCCUGUGACACACUGUGUGUGCAGAGCAGCAGCAGCACACCUGGCCGAGCUCAGACUGUGACACACUGUGUGUGCAGAGCAGCAGCACAGCCUGUGACAGACACACUGUGUGUGCAGAGCAGCAGCAGCACACCUGGCCGAGCUCAGACUGUGACACUCUGUGUGUGCAGAACAGCAGCACAGCCUGUGACAGACACACUGUGUGUGCAGAGCAGCAGCAGCACACCUGGCCGAGCCCAACCUGUGACACACCGUGUCUGCCAGGCUGCACGGCAGGCACAGCUGCCCUCAGCCCUGGAAACACUCCACCUGGAGUCCAGGGUUGGUGUUUUUCUCGUGGCACCUGCAGCAGGCAGCGUUGGAAGCUGGGGUGUGCGUUAGUCACCUCUGCUCCCCUGUUACUCAUUAACGGGCUCUGCCUCUGCCGACCAGGGAAAGGCAAAUCAAGGGAGCCCUUCCCUGGGCAGGGCUGGAAAGUGAAAGGAAGAGAAAGUGGCUGCUCUGCCUUGCCAGCCUGCCAUAAAGCUCUGACUCGGGGGUUAUUUGUAAAUAAACUGUAAAUAACAGCAGCAGAAGUUGAUACUGCCCUGUAAAUACAGCACUUUCAGCAA